AUUAAAUUUCAAGUAUAUGUUAAGACAUUUUGAGAAAAAAAUUAGACAUACAGAUGAACUAAUUAUCUUUUUCAUAUUAUUUUUUUUUUAUUUGACUGACCUUCUCCACAAACAUUUAUCCUCUAUAUUGUUGAAAUUCAUGCAAAACAUCCUACAAAAAUACCAUUUUUUCUUAUCUGAUUGGUUUCUUAUUGCCAUCAUUCAUUUAUCUCUUAUAUUCAUGUCUUGUGGCAUGAUUUCAUAGGGCUUCAUCCAUGACCUGUGAAUCUUCUUUCUUCUUUCACAAAUAACCGUUAGUAACUGAAAUGGCCACUUAUUAACUACCUCUCCUUUAGAAUAACUAAAGUCCCCUUUUUGGCAACUGAAAUUAUAGAGUGACCCCCAUAUUUCUUUCCUCUUUUUAGCACCAAAAAUCUACCAAGAGAGCAUUGAAUGCCAUGUGGCAAUUACCCAUUCUUUGAAAGCCUCCAUCCAAUCAGACUCCCAAAAUGCUGGGUGGCCAACCGCUUUCUUUCCCUGCCUCCUUGACCGUUCGUUUGAAACUUUUAGUUUCCAAUUUCAACAGAUAUAAAAAGAAGCCAGACAAUCUCAUCAACCACUGGUGAAACACAGGUGGUGGUUUUUAUAUUCUGGGCGGUUUUCCAGCACACGGAAAACCGCUCCUCUUUAUUCUCAUCAUAAUUUCUUUGAUACUUUUGGCAAGUUGGAGAGAAGGUCUCAAUCUUCAAUCCCCUGUUUCUCUUAUCAACAAGGUUUAUUGUUUGUUUUUUUUUUUUAUCUUUUCCCCAUCUAGCUAACAAGUACCUGGCUUUUUUAUUUAUUCAUGUUUUGCUUCCUCCACAUUAUAUGAACUUUUUAAGGUUCAUCUGAAGGAAACUUGAAAUCUUUAUGCAUUUCCAAAGAGAGAAAUCUUGGUCACUAAGUUGGGUUUCAGCACCCACCUUAAGGUUGACCAAACUAUUUACAGUAUCCAACUUACUGAUAAGCCAUUGAAGGGAAAGACAUGGCUAGAAACUGGCAAUGCCCUACUCCCCAGUCUGGAGAAUGGGUGAAGGGCAAACUUGUGGGAUCUGGAUCAUUUGGCACGGUUCACUUGGCCAUGAACAACAUCACGGGGGCACUUUUCGUCGUGAAAUCUGCAUGGUCCAAGGAUGGGUUUCAAUCUCUUGAGAAUGAGGCAAAUGUUCUUGAGAGUUUGAACUCUCCACAUAUUGUAAAUUGCACAGGGAGAUACUUGUUGAAUGGUGCAAAUGGUGAGAAGAGACUGAAUCUCUUCAUGGAGUACAUGGCUGGUGGCAGUCUAUUAGAUGUGGCCGAGAAAUUUGGAGGCGUGCUGGACGAGCGAGUGAUCAGCCUCUACACUCGACAGAUUCUUCUCGGUCUCAAGCAUCUUCAUGAGAAUGGAAUUGUGCACUGUGAUCUCAAGUGCAAGAAUGUGCUCUUAGACUCCUUUGGAAAUGUCAAACUGGCAGAUUUGGGAUGUGCAAAGAGGCUAAGUGACUUGAAGAAGACUAAUGGGACAUCGAAGCAGCCUUCAAAAUCCAUUGUUGGGACUCCUCUGUGGACGGCUCCUGAGGUUCUGAGAAACGAAGGGUUGGAUUUUGCAGCAGAUAUUUGGUCUUUGGGCUGCACCGUCAUUGAAAUGGCCACCGGUAGGCCUCCUUGGGGCGACAACAUUUCUAACCCAAUGGCUGCGCUUGUGAAGAUCGCCUGCAGCGACGAGACACCACAUUUUCCAGCCGAGUUCUCGGGAGAGGGAUUGGAUUUCUUGGCAAAGUGCUUGGAGAGGGACCCCAGAAAGAGGAGCACCACUGCAGAAUUGCUGAACCAUCCAUUUGUUUCGAAUAUAGGGAAGGGUAAGGGUAGGAGUGUGAGGGAGAUGGAGAUGGAGACCGAAGGGGCUUGCUCACCGGCAAGUGUCUUAGAUGCGGGGAUCAUCUGUGAGCCAGGCUAUGAAUCUGAUGAAUCACUUGAGGUUGAGGAGGGUGAGUUCAAUCCUAGAACCUCAUCUUCAAUCAAUUGUUGUGAGGAGAGAAAUCAAUGUCCAUGGGAACAUCAGGUGGGAUCAUUAGAAUGUGAUUUUUGCUCAUCAGAGGAGGAUUGGGUUACUGUUAGAUCAUCUGAUUGAAGAUUAAUUCAUGUAAAAAGAUUUCAACCAAAGAGAUUUUGAAAUGUAUAGUAGUUCAUUAGACACAAAUGUUUUACUGUACAGCUAGACCAUAGACAGACUAGAGUGAGGCACAAAAUGGCUUCUCUUAAUUGCUUUUCUUUUCUUGUUCAUCAGAAUACUUGAAAAACAAGUAUGUGGAGAACUAAAGCGCUGCCUCAAUC